CAUUCCAAGCAACCCUUAUUAGUUUACAGUUUACUGGCGGUCUCUUUGUCUCAGAACUCUUGUUUAAUCAGUGAGCAAAGCUUGCAUUACAAUCGACCACAAGCAAAGAUACUUCUGUGUUUAACACCCAAAACAAUUUUUGGUUAUCUCAGAAUAUUGUGAAAGAAAAAGCAUUUUCUGAAAGCCAGCAAGACCAUGAGGCUAACAUUGCUGACGACCAUCGUCCUUUCCUUUUUCUGUCAAGGAGUAAACUCUUUUGAGUGGAUCUCUGACCUCCAAGAUGGCGCUGGCGUCUACGCGUGUGUAGAUGACACAGUCACCAUGAGCUGGCGGUACGCGGUGCAGGAGGGAGAAGUGGUUGACGAUGUCAAGUGGUACUUUGACCCAGGAAACAACAACCGUACAGCUAUCGCCGCCAUCGUUGAAAACCGCUUUUUCCACCUCUCCUCCUCUAACUCUAAGAGACUCCACCAUGUACCGGAAGCAGGACUGACGCUGACCUCUGUCACCGGAAGAGAUAACGGACAAUACUCGGUGGCGGUGACUGUUCAGAACUCAUCAUGUUUCACUACACACACGCGCACUGUGUCUCUUGUAGUAGCAGAAGAGGCCCUGGUUGACCACAGCAAGGCUCUGAAAGCACAACAAGAGCGUUUGACGGUCCACGACAACAAGACUGGUCAGCUGCACGUGCAGCUGUCGUGUGGAGAUUACAUCUUCACUGGACACCCGCCUGUCUCUGUGGAAUGGACGUUCCCUUCUGGUGAAACAAAACUUGUCUCAACGCACAUCGACGGUAAAUUUUUUCUGACCUUGCCCAACCCCGUGGAGGGAGGUAACUACACGUGUCGCCUGUCCUCCAAGUUACCGCCCGUGUCGUGCCUACCCCACAAUGCCAGUGUGCUUGCGGUCUCUUCAGUGUCUAUAGACGAGGUGAAAGCGAGGCUGUCACUACUGGAAGGCGAACAAAAGAUAAUGACUGAUAAAAUAAAGAUUCUGAUAGAAAUGGAUCGGAAUCUCACCGAGCUUUGGUCCAAGAAGGUCAUGUUUGACGCCAGUGGAAGUGGAAACAAUGUAUAUAUUAGUUCCGGACAGCGCGUGGUGUUUGAUCAAAUGAGAAGAAAUGAAGGAGAUGCCUACAAUCCAGCUACAGGAGUGUUUACUGUCCCUUUUAAUGGGACUUACUUCUUUGUGCUCACCGCAGCCACAACCCAGCACUAUAGUCCAGCAUCAUUGUAUUUAACUGACAAUGGCUCCACAUUCUGUCACGUGCAAACUCAAACUGUUGCAGUAAGCUGUGUUGCCACAGUGUACCGAGCAAAGGGUCAACAGGUGUGGGUGAGUAGUCCUGGAACCUCUCAUUUAAAUUUUCGUUUCAGUUCUUUCGUUGGCUUUUCCUUACACCUUGACAUCCCAUAACAAAGAUUUGGCUCUUUUUCCCCCUCCCACUAAAUUACCAAGAGUGUUUAACUGUACAACUAAAAUUAGGUCCAAAUGCUGAAUCUGAAGGCAAAAUAAAUGUUUUGAAUAGCUGCUUUUCACACAGAAAUUGUCAGAUUUUACUGUAUAAUUAGUUAUUCUUACACCGGAAAAAUUAAUUAAGUAAGAAAUUAAGUAGACUUGAAUUAGCUUAGAGGAAAACUUUAGCUAGAGCAGAGGUAAACAUUUGAAUGGAAAGGACAAUGAUAUAUCAUUAUUUCUCACGCAGAAAUAUGAAGCUAUACGGGGACCAAAUAUAAAAUGUUGCAUUCUUAAAAUCACUACUAAACCCUGUGAAAUUCAAAAUUAGCUUCUACAUUUAAAACAAAAGGGUUAGCAUAUAGAAGAUUUUAAAAGGUUUGUAAUAUACAAGGGACUCAAGUAAAGUAGUAAAAUAUAAAGUUUGAUAUUGUUGUAUUUUAACAAUUAGGCAACACCCGUCUGAUGGUCUUAUAAUUUGUUAUUAAUUUGGCCUUAUCUACUCCGCAAUGAUUAAGCAAAGCAAAGCAUAAUUUAAGAACAUGUUAAUAACACUGUCACUGCAAUUAGUAUUUAGUUUUCUAGUUUCUUGCUUAUUAAUAAGUUUUUAUGCUCCAGUCAGCAUAAAAGUUUUGUAAGAUAGGCACAUCGUUAAUUCAAUUUAUGGAUGUCCGUAUCAAUAUAACCAUGAGGUAUCAUUGUGUUUUCAUGAACCAGAAUGUUUAAAGUUCAGAAUUUUACACACACACACACACACACACACACACACACACACACACACACACACACACACACACACACACACACACACACACACACACACACACACACACACACACACACACACACACACACACACACACACACACACAUAAAUGUUUCCAGGCUAAUAAUGUCUUCCCUGUAAAGAUCCUUAACAAAUAGUGAACUUUUUAAUAAAAUAAUAAGUUUUAUAUACCAUGUCUACAAACGAUUUCGUUUAAUUUUCGUCCCUGUAUUCAUUGUAUGACUAGAGAUAUGCGUGAAUAUGACACAGAUAUUUCUGUUCCACUAGAACAUAGGUCUUUGAUCACCAAAUAAUUAAAAAUACUGAAAAGCGUAUUUUUUCUUUUAAUAAAACAUUGUACACUUUUCAUAAUCUUUGUAAGCACUGAAUUUAAAGUUUUUAUAUUUAUCUCUGCAUAUCACUUUAAGGUUUGUAAGUUUUUUAAAUGUUAGAUUACAUAAAGAAAAUUUUUCUUUAACAUUAUUAUCACAUAUGCUUUUGGUGCAAACGCGUCUUUAUAUUAUUUUCGUAAUUAGCUUAUUUGUAUUAAACCAUUUAUAUUUCUCAAACUCCAUUUUGUGUCUCAUAUGUUGCAUAUGUGUUGGAAGACAAUUUGUUUAUAUAAUUUAAAUUCAGCUACAUAUUUUUUGUCUGACAUACUCAUUUCAUGAAAAUGAUUAUAAAAGUUUGUUAUUAUUUUACUGUAUAACAUCAACUAUGUUUCUGAUAUCUGUAAACAAGCUACACAAACAAAAGUUCUACUCUACACUCUUAGUGUUAAUUUCUCAACUACCUACUGACUAAACUGAGAGAAAUCUGGUUUUAUUAAUUUUACCCAUUAAACAUAGAGAAUACUAAUUUCCGGAGUAUAGCUGUAAUUAUUUAUUAUUGUUUACUACUGUGUCAUUCAGGCUAAAAAAUUUUGACACGCCUCAGUGUUUGUUUAGUCUUACUGUUAUAAAAUAUUGAAAAUCUCUAGAAUUUAUACUCUUUAUUUUAUUUACACAACAGUCGCCGGCUAAAAGCAUGUAUGUACAAACAGUGUUUAAACAUUCUUGUUAAGUGAAUGUCUGAGAUUUGUUAAUUUUUGUACAAUUUUUGUCAUUUUUGUUUUGUCUGUACUUGAUUAGCGACGAUGUAAAGUGUUGUGAUAGAGCGCUGUGUUUAUUUAUUGUUGUUGUCGUUGUUGCUCAUACUGCAACUACGUUUAGGGCAUGGCUACGAUAAAGUAACUGCUAUGAUAUAUAGCAUUUUCAAAGUAAAACAUUACGGAUUUUGAAUUAAAAGUUAAAACAACGAAAUUAUUCAAAGUUCUAAAAUUUUUAAAAAUGUCAACAACAACAACAGCAACAACAACAUAAAUGUGGCGUUGAUGUAAUCACCAGUUUGUCAGUUAAUAUCGAGUUUUAUUUUCCUUGCUACUGUAGUUAUCUAUCGCUCGUUCUCUCUAACACACCUCCAUACACUGACAUGUUAAUUUAUCGUCCUUUCUUUGUUGAUUAAUUGCAUGUACACUGAGUGCACAGGUAUCAAUUAAUUGUUUGUGCGUCUCUAAAAGCAAUACAGGCCGAACUUUCAAAAUUCAACAAAGAUAUUAAUCGUUGUGUUCUUUUGAUUAUUUUACAAGUUCUGUAAAUGUUACUACAAAUUUGGACAAUGUGACUUUACUGAUUUGGUUGCAGUAUUUUUUCUAAGUGGAAGAAAAUUUACAGAUAACCACUUUGACUUCAACAGAUAAGUAAAUAAACUAAUGAUUCUCUUCAUCUAACUAGUUAACUAGGUUGAAACUAAUCUACCUAAAAAGUUAAUACGUGUUAGUGAGAAACGGUAAAUUCCGUAGACUACUAUUUGUGUUUUUGUGUGACUAGUAAAUGUUUGUUCAUGACCGACUACUGCUUACUGAGUACUUGUAUCUACGCUUGACAUUUGAUGGCUAGUUUCAUAGUUUCCUUUCGGUUCGAACAAAAGUUUAACAACUAAUAAAACCAUACACAGACUAAGCUCGCUCGGCUUUCAUAAGAAGCAGCGACGACAGGUCUGACAACAUCAAGAAGACAGAGGUAGUAAUGCCGGACAACAAACAAGAAGCCCAACUACAUCUACAUGGGGAAUGUAUUACAGAGGCUGACAGCUUUCCCUAGCUUGGCAGCAUAGUCAGCAAAGAUGGAGGUGAAGAUAAAGAAGAUAAAAAAAAGCCAGGCUUGCAUUCCACACUCUGCGACCCAUGUGGAGCACCAAACGAUUUGUAUCUUCAACACCAAAGUCUGUUUAUUGCUAAAUUAAGAUUUCUAUUAAAAGAAAUUGUUAAUGUGGAAAGAGACUAGCGAAUUAGUAUUUUUUAUUUCCCCUCUAAAGGGGCACAACUUAUUUUAAAGCAUAUUAAAGUGUUUGUUGUGUAUAAUCUUUAAGAAGGGAGUCUACUGUGCAUGUCAUACG